AUAAAUUAAUUAGAAAUAGAAGUGACAGGUAAUCAUGCCACGAGGAAAGUUCGUCAACCACAAGGGUCGCAGUCGCCAAUUCACAUCGCCCGAGGAAUUGCGACAGGAAUCAGAGGAGGAUGGUGAUCAGACCAGCGGCUCGGGCGCUGAAAGCGAGACUAAGGCUGGAGGCAGUGCCGGGGCAGGUUCAUCCAAAGCUAAGGCGCCUGUACCUCAUAGACUUCCAGUAAACCGCAAUCGAAAGUCUCGAUCAGCUGCAGGAGCAGCUAGCUCUUCGGCAUCCGAGUCUGGUGAGGCUUCCGAGCGUGAUUCCGAAUCUCAAGCUCGCAAUGCCAAAAAGGGCGUGGCCUCACUCAUCGAAAUAGAGAAUCCCAAUAGGGUGACCAAGAAGGUAACACAAAAGCUUUCGGCCAUUAAAUUGAAUGAUGGACCCGGUACCGAUGGCAAGGGCGGUGUCAAACCGGAGCUAUCCCGCCGGGAACGCGAACAAAAAGGGCGCCAGCAUUACGAUAAGCUCCAUGGCGCUGGAGAGACCGCCGAGGCUAAGGCUGAUUUGGCCAGAUUGGCUUUAAUCCGGCAGAAGCGCGAGGAGGCGGCCGCCAAGAGGGAGGCGGAUAAGAAGGCAGCCGAGGUGCGACCCAAAAAAACAGGUGCCAAGUAAAGAAUCUGUAUUAUAUAUUAAAUAUGCCUUUCGCCAGAAAUAAAGCUUUAUUUAUAUCCAAUAAAAA